AUGAAGAAUGUUGCCGAUAAACGUAGAAUUCCGAGAACUUCGUCGUUCGCAUACUCUAUAUAUCAUGCUGGUCAUAAGAAACAUUCGUUACCUAUUGACAAUAGUGGAGUAGCUGCUUCAUUUAGUUAUACAGAAAAAGGCUCUCGAACUCCAGGUAAACCUACUAUAGUCUUUGUUCAUGGACUUUCUUCGAGUAAAGAAGGAUGGAUGUCGAUUGUAGAACAUAUUCCGGCUGAUCAUCAUUGUAUCACUGUUGAUCUACCAGGCCAUGGUGAAACAGUUGGCUUCAGUGAAGAUAUGUAUUCGAUUGAUAAGUUUAUAGAAAAACUCAAACUGUUUUUUGACAAAAUGAAAUUGACCGAACCAAUGUGCAUAAUUGGCGCAUCGAUGGGUGCUUCGAUUGUGUGCUUGUUUGCUGCUAAAUAUCCGGAAUAUGUAUGCAUGAUUUGCUUGAUGGCUCCGAUAGCAAAUGAAGAAGCUGAAACUGAUUUAAUUCGACAACUUCGUGCUGGUGUUUACAAUGGUCUCUUACCAGAGACAACAGCAGAACUUCGCCAAAUGAUUCGUGAAUUGACAGUAAAACGACCUUACUUGCCUAGACCAAUUCUUAAUGGAUUCAUGCAUAUGAAAUUACGUUUAUUGACGGAGCACAAGAAAAUACUUGCUUCACUUUUCGAAUACGAUUAUCCACAAAUCGAACGUCAUUAUGAAAAGUUGCGACAGUUAAACUGUCCAGCAUUGAUUUUAUGGGGUCGACAAGAUAAGGUAUAUGCUGCUAGUGGUGCGGAAUAUUUUCGCACUUUACUAUCCAAUUCAGAACAUUUUAUUAUGGAUGACUGUGGCCAUGAUAUGGCUAUCGACAAGCCCACCGAUACAGCUAGCUCAAUCUUGACAUUUUAUGAACGUAAUAUCAAUCGUCAUACACAAAUCUUGUCGAUGAAUGAUAUCAUACUAUCGACUGAAUGCUAA